UCUAUUCCCUCCAUACAGAAGUUCAUAAAAAACGACUGUAAACAAAGUGAUUAACAUUCACAUUUCGGGAUAAAUAGUAGGUUGUAUUUUGAAAAUGACAAUAUUAGCAGAUAUAAUUGAAGCACGCUGACGUAAAAAAGUUAUGUCUCUUUAUUCGAAAGCUUGUGGAAGGCGUUUUUUUCUACCGUAUGUGAAGAAGCAUUUGACUUCAAAUUGUACCUCCAAUCUAAACCAAACAUCGAACUAUGCUAGCUACUCUGUGCCUCAAUCAGCCCAAGUCAUUGUUUGUGGUGCCGGAGCUGUUGGAAAUUCAGUUGCAUAUCACAUGAAUAAAAAUGAUUGGAAGGAUGUUAUAGUACUUGAACAAAGCAAGAUUGGAAGUGGUGUUUCCUGGAGAAGUUGUGGCAUAGUUGGUCACUUUCAUUCUACUUCUGAAGGAAGGAUCACUGCAUAUAGCUCUCAGUUAUAUAAGCAGCUUUCAAAUGAAGGCCAUGAUGUGGGAUAUGUAGAAACUGGUUCUAUAAAUGUCGCAAGAACGAAAGAAAGAAUGAUUGAGUUGCGAAGACUAGCUUCUGAAGCAAGUGUCCAUAAUUUGAAGUUCGAAGUUCUAGAUCCAAAGGAUAUUUUGAAGUAUCACCCUUUUGUGAAGCCUGAUGGUCUUGAAGGAGGUAUUUGGGUGCCUAGUGAUGGUGUUGUGAAUCCAUUGAGUGUGUGCCAUGCCCUUGCUAAAGUGGCCCAAGAUGGAGGUGUUAAGUACUAUGAAGGAAUAAAAGUUCUGGAAAUUCUCACCAAUGGAACAAAAGUGACUGGUGUUAAAACAAACUUCGGAGUUAUCAACUGUGAACAUUUGAUUCUGUGUGCAGGAAUGUGGACUAGAACUUUAGCUAUAAAUUGCAUUCCUCCUUGCAAUAUUCCAAUACAAGCUGCAGAAAAUGCAUAUGCCAUAACAAGACCUGUUCCUGGGUUAACAUCUACAACCCCUAUUCUGAGGGAUUAUGAUGCUGGAGUUUAUGUACGAGAAUUCAAUUCUGGAUUCAUGAUUGGUGGAUUCCCCAAGCAAGCUAGGCCUUUGUUUUGUGAAAAAGUUCCUGAAGAGUUUUCUUUUCAAGACUUAUCUUCUGACUGGGAGUAUUUUAAACCUGUCUAUGAAGAAGCUUGCUUUCGUGUGCCUAUUCUCAAUCAAGUUGAUAUACAAAAAUAUACUAGUGGACCAGAUACAUUUACUCCAGAUGGACACUGGAUUUUAGGAGAAACCGCAGAGAUUGACAAUUUAUAUGUCGUUGUUGGUAUGAAUGUGAAUGCUGUGCAACCAGCUGGUGGUUUAGGGAAAGAACUUGCAGAUUGGAUCACUACUGGAGAACCCAAAGCUUACCUUUUGCCAUUUGACGUAAGGAGAUUUGUUGAUGCCCACAACAAUAAGAAAUUUCUGGAGGAGAGAGUGAAAGAAGCAGUUGGGUUCAAUUACUCCAUUCGACAUCCUCUCCUGAUCGAGUUCAGUAAGGCUCGAAAAGCCCGUUGCUCUCCUUUGUAUACUGUACAAGAAAAAGCAGGAGCUGUGUUUGGAGAAAGGAUGGGAUUUGAAAGGGUUCUUUACUUUGAUCCUUCUUUAUCUAAGGAAGAGCGAUUAAAACCACCUGCAAUAGUUUUUGAAAAGCCAUCAUGGUUUGAAAAUGUUAAAGAAGAAUAUACCGCUUGCAGAGAGAGAGUUGGAAUAAUAGAUAUGUCUUCUUUUACCAAAUUUCAUCUCAAGUCUGGAGGCAGAGAAGUUGUUGAUUUGCUGCAACUCUUAUGCUCUAAUGACAUUGAUGUCCCUGUUGGAAAUAUUGUUUCAUCUGGAAUGCAAAAUGACAAAGGCUGCUACGAAAAUGAUUGUCUUCUUCUACGAAGGGCUCAUAAUUGCUAUUUCAUGAUGUCUCCAACUGCUCAACAAACUCGUAUCACCGAAUGGAUGAAACGCCAUUUGCCCAAAGAUGGCUCCAUUUCCUUGAGAGAUGUCACAUCUAUGUACACAGUUUUAAACAUUGUAGGACCAAAGUCAAAAGAAUUGAUGUGCGAAUUGACCAGAACUGAAAUGGAUUUACCGGGAUUUACAUGCAAGAAAAUAAAUGUUGGAUAUGCUGGGGAAGUUUUAGUAAUGGCAUUUAACAACACAGGAGAACCAGGAUAUUCCCUUUAUAUACCAUCUGAGUAUGCUUUACAUGUUUAUAACAAUUUGCUUACUGCUGGGAGAGAUUAUGGCAUCAGAAAUGUUGGAUAUUAUGCUCUACGCUUCUUGAGAAUUGAGAAAUUUAUACCUUUCUGGGCUGAAGAAUUGGAUAGCCAUACUACGCCCUUUGAAGUUGGACGAGGCUUUAAAGUAAAAAUGCAGAAUUCAACUGAGCCUGCUGCAGACUUUGAAGAAAUAAACACUUCAACUGUGUUAGUUAAUGCUGGCACUCAAACUAACAAAACCUAUAGGAGUGUAGGUGUGCAAGUAGGGAGUUCAUGUUUUUCAAAUGUCUGCAAAGAAGUCCAAACAAAUGAUCUGUCAGAGGCUGCAUCGGAUUCAGAUUCAGAGAUCUCGGCUGCAGUAGAAAAUUCUUCUGAUGAUUUUUGUUCCGGUGAUUCCUUGGUCGCAGAAGAAAAUUCUGGAGAUUAA